CAGAUUGGCAACGAAGUAAACAAUAAGCAACUUUUCGAAAAAUUGGCAAAAAUAAGAUAUGCGCGUUUUAAGCUGCCGCAUUUGCUCUGGAAUCGAUGCUCCAAUCAACCUUUUUGACCCGGGAAAUAGUCAUCUUAUUCGCCAAAUUCUUUCCAUAACUGGAGUCGAGCUAUGCUGCAAGAAAGAGCGAUCCAACAACAUGUGCUUGGUUUGCCUGGGCGAUCUGCAGGCAGCCAUCAAGUUCCGCCAGCGCUGCAUCAUUUCCGAGAAGCAGAACCAGGAGAGGAAUGAGUCCACCGGCAAGGAACUCGCAAACGAACCGAUUUCACAUGAAGAUAUUGAUGAUGACCAGAUUGAGCUUGAGCUGGACGAAGCCAUUUUGACUCCGGAAGUCAAAAAUCUACCAAAGAUUACCGUCGCACCACCAGUCAAGGUGCCAAUAAGCUGCAAGAAACCAGUUGGUAAUACUGGUCCAUUUGUCUGCGAUGAUUGCGGCAAAUCCAUCAACAACAGGACUAACUUUCUGGAGCACAAGCUCAGGCACACGGGCAUCAAGGAUUUCCACUGCGAUUUUGGGGAUUGCGGAAAAAGCUUUGCCACUCGGAAGGAACUCACGCGCCACACCCGUAGCCACACUGGCGAGCAGCCCUACGUGUGCAUCUACUGUCCACGUCGGUUCUCCGACACCAGCUCCCGGCAGGAGCACCAUCGUCGCCACCGCAACGAGCGCCGCUUCAAGUGUGACAUCUGCGAGAAGAGCUUCGUGAGCGCCGGAUGUCUCAGCAAGCACAAGAUGACCCACGUCGCCGUACGGAAGCACUAUUGCUACGUUUGUCAGAAGCACUUCCAGCGGAUCUCCCAUCUAAGGACCCACCUGUCUACCAGUAUUCAUAAGGAAAAAGCAGAGGAGGCGGCGGCAGCUCAGGAAGCUGCCCUCUUUUAAGUGUAAUCACCUACCUAGUCAUUAUGUUAAAGACUUUUUUGAUAUUAUCUUUUGGUAAGAAACUAUUUGAGUUCAAAAACUAAACAUAUUAUAGCUCCUUUCUGAUAUCUAUUGGUAAGAAACUAAUUGAGUUCAAAACUUAACAUUAUACCAUUAGUCUGUGUCCUUUUAAGACAACGAUCUGAGUGUUACAAGUAUACUAAAGCCAGUGCCAUUCCUAAUCCAUUGAUAAAUGGCAUUUAUUGAUGUGGAAAACAGUCGAUUUUUUGUCAAAUUCUAGAUUUUAUAAGAAUGUAAAAGAACUGCAUCCAGACCGCCUUGCACAAAAUGUCAGAAUUGGGUCUUCAAUUAAAACACAAAAAUAUUUAACCUUA